UCUCUCUCUCUCUCUCUCUGUAACCGACCCUCCGCUAUAUAGCCGACAUAUCCUCUACAUUAAGCGAAGAAUUUAUAGAAAAAGUCCAAAUUCGACACAUUCUCUAAUCUGAUUUUGUUCAGUUUCGCUUCUUGAUCCGCAAUUCUCUCAUUUUGAAGGAUAGACAAACUGCGAAUCAAGAACAAAUCUUGUGGUUUAACGGGGUUGAGUUGUUGAUUAGGGUUUUGGUUUGCUAUAUUUAUAAAUAUAUAUUCAAAUUGGGAAUGAGGAUGAGAGGGGAAAUUGCAUAUAAGAGCGAAGAGGAGGGAGAGUACGAAGAGAUGGUGGGAGUGCAGAAGCAGAAGUAUUCGGUUGUGGGAGGGUUUCCACAACCGAAGAAGGUUGUGGUUGUUGGUUAUGCUCUUACCUCGAAAAAGAUUAAGAGUUUUCUACAGCCCAAGCUUGAACGCUUAGCUAGGAAUAAGGGGAUAUUAUUUGUUCCUAUUGAUCAAAGCAGGCCCCUUUCAGAUCAAGGCCCUUUUGACAUUGUGCUGCACAAGUUGUCAGGAAAAGAGUGGCGACACAUUCUUGAGGAUUACAGGCAAACACAUCCAGAAGUCACAGUCCUUGAUCCUCCUGAUGCCAUACAGCAUGUAUAUAAUCGCCAGUCCAUGCUUCAAGAUGUUGCUGACUUAAAUUUGUCUGACACCUUUGGCAAAGUUCGAGUUCCCAGACAAUUGGUUAUUAAAAGAGAUCCAUCAUCUAUCCCUGAUGCAGUUAACAAAGCUGGGCUGACACUUCCUCUUGUUGCCAAGCCUUUAGUCGCAAAGUCACAUGAGCUGUCCUUGGCUUAUGAUCAGUACUCUCUGCAGAAGCUAGAACCCCCACUUGUUCUUCAGGAGUUCAUUAACCAUGGAGGUGUUCUCUUCAAAGUUUAUAUUGUUGGGGAAGCAAUUAAGGUUGUGAGGCGUUUCUCUUUACCUGAUGUGAGUAAGCGUGAACUUUCCCAAAAUGCUGGUGUAUUCCGCUUUCCAAGGGUUUCUUGUGCUGCUGCAUCUGCAGAUGAUGCGGACUUGGACCCGUGUAUUGCUGAGCUUCCUCCAAGACCUUUACUCGAAAGACUGGCAAAAGAACUUCGUCGUCGACUGGGUCUUCGGCUGUUUAACUUGGAUAUUAUUCGAGAACAUGGAACCCGGGACCGCUAUUAUGUCAUAGACAUCAACUAUUUUCCUGGAUAUGGGAAAAUGCCAGAAUAUGAACACAUAUUCACAGACUUUCUCCUGAGCCUGGUGCAAGACAAGUAGAUGGCAGCGUCCUGCUAGCACAAUGCCUGAACGCCUGGUGAUAUGUGAAAUGGAAAUCCGACUUUGAAUUUUCAUUCCAUUCCCAACAAGUGAAUUCCAGUUAAUCCCAUGCAUAUGGGGACUGUAAACUUGCGCAAUCCCUGCAUUAAAUUCUAGCAACAGUUGGUGGACGCGUGUGGAGGCGCAAAAAAGACCAAGAAGCCCCAAUAUUGCAGUUGGCCCGUGGGAACUUUAGGGCUACUUCUGAAACAACCAUGCUUAGAACAGUUCCAGUCAGGCUUCCAGUUUUGUUUCUAGUUUGUUAUUUUUUAAUUUUGGUUCUUUUGGGUGUCCAAAUUUUACUGUGUGGUGUAACUUGGUGGUCUGAGCAGUUGGAUCCAGGAUUGAUCGGAGUAAGACUACCUUGUGCAUCCUUCAUGGCUGAAUGCCUUGUACAUUCUUUCAUAUCUAGAACUAUUUUAAUAGCAAUUUGUUGAACCUCUUAAUGGAAACACCUCGGAGGGAAG